UGCUCAAGAACAUCGCGACUCCUCGACGACUGCCUCGUCGGCCGCCAAGAUGUCGAACUCAAACUCAACCAAUCAGACGUACCAGUGGCCGAGCAAGACAAUCAAGACCGAAUAUCCGCUCAUCGACAAUGACCCACAUUUUACGCGCGUGAUUCGGUACGCCCGCCCGUCCGACUAUGUGCACGGCGUCGUUGCCGCCGCUGCGGGCCCCGGCCUGCUCUACGCCAUGGAGAAGUUCGCCCCGUCUCAGGUCGGUAGGGGCGGUUUUGCCCAGGCCAUGCGGCUAUGUAGCUUUAUUGGCGCUGCCGGCGGCUUCCUUUACUUCUACCAGCGCUCCAUCCUCCGGUUCUACGGCAUGAGUGAGAACGCCCGCGAGGUCGAGAUGGACAUGCGCGAGAUGGUCGACAAGGUCAAGGCCGGCCAACCGCUCUACGGCGAGAGCAGGCUCACCCCAGCCAUGCAGGGUGUUGCCGCGCGCCAGUCGCGGUACUCGGCGCUCUUCUUCGGCGUCCUUCCCUGGUUCAACUUUGUGAACCACAACCAGCACGGCGUCGACACAGCCAAGUACUACCAGCAGGCGGAGCGGGAGCUGGAGGCCGAGCGCCUGAGCAAGGGCUCGUCUUCAUGAGUGGUGGGGGGUUUGAGAGAAGGAAGUGGUGUUUGCGGGUGGGAAAUGAAGCAGGUGAGGUUUAGGCACCAGGGUCCUUGUCAGAUCAGGCGCCAGGUGUACAUACAACGGACAUAGACGACGGCCCCACGGAGGUCUCAGUCCACAGACAUAUUCUUUUUUUUGUUUUUGUGUCGACAAGAGAGAUCGGUC